AUGAAACAAGGCUUCCUCGUCAGACUUGUCUUUGACGGACUGGGCUUCCUUGUCGGAGAAGAGUCUGACUUAGUGGUUGGAGAAGGAUGCAAAAUCGAUGCCCCUCGUCGGAGAAGAUGCGCGGCUGCGACUGGAUGGCGGAAGAGGAGGACAGGGGAUCUGAGAGAGGGAUCUAAGCGAGAGAGAAGAGAUUUGGUCGAGAGAAAGGGGAUCUAA